AUGUCGCAGCAAGAGAACUUGGCUUUGGUCGUAGCCUGUGGAGAGCUGAAAGUGGAAAAGCGUCCAGUUCCAGAGCUUUGCCCUGGUGAUGUUCUGCUGAAGAUUAAUUCUGUAGGGAUCUGCGGUAUCGACAUCCAUUUCUGGCAAGAAGGAAAAAUUGGAGAUUUUGUCCUCAAGAAACCCAUGGUUCUUGGGCAUGAAGCCUCAGGGACUGUGGUUAAAGUAUCCUGUGGUGUGACCCAUCUGAAAGCAGGUGACAAGGUAUCCAUUGAGCCAGGUGUCCCCAGGGAGAAUGAUGAUUACGUUAGAAUUGGACGUUACAACCUGUCCCCAACAAGCUUCACAAGUGGUCUUCCUCCUGAUGAUGGGGCCAUGUGUCGAUUUUAUGCCCACAAAGCCAACUACUGCUACAAACUCCCUGAAUGUGUGAGCUUAGAAGAAGGUGCUUUAGUUGAGCCUCUCUGUGUCGCACUUCACGCCUGUCACAGAGGACGAGUGAAAGUUGGUCAUAAGGUUUUCAUCUGUGGAGCUGGACCAGUUGGCCUGUUGACUCUGCUUGCUUGCAAGGCCAUAGGAGUGACUCUGACUGUAGUUUGCGAUUUGUGUCAGGACCGAUUGGAAAAGGCAAAAUGCUUGGGGGCAACCAUUGUCUUGAAAGUCGAUAAGUGCACGUGUCCCAUGGAAUUGGCCCAGAAAGUGAAGACCUCUCUCUGUGCCAUGCCAGACGUGUGCAUCGAUUGCACUGGGGCUGAUACCUGUAUCCAGGCUGGUGUCUAUGCUGUCAAACCUGGCGGAAUUGUUGUAUUGGUUGGCUUGGGAACAAACACGUCCAAUGUUCCCGUAUUACAUGCAACAGUCAGAGAGGUGGAUAUCCGUGGCAGCUUUAAAUAUACAAACACAUGGCCAACUGCAAUCGCCCUGAUAGCUUCAAAGAAGGUGGAUGUAAAACCCCUAAUCACACAUCGUUUCCCACUGGAACAGGCCCCAGAAGCAUUUGAGGUCGUAAAGAAAGGUGCCGGGAUCAAAGUCCUUGUGAACUGUGAACAGCAGCAGCAACAACAGUGCCCAUCACUCUGCCCACAGCAGUGCCAACAACAACAAAACCAAUGUCAAACAAAGCAGUGCCCCCAGCACAGCUUCUUCUGAGAGUGGUUUUUAUGCAUUUACAGUCUUCACCACUGUAUAAGUUACCUUUCAGAUCAGGACUUGAACA